AUGGGCCAUUUGGAUGGUUCCCAAGGGUUUCCUCGGCUUUCCAUAUGUGAUGAAGCCGAUGAUGCAGACUGGAACUUUGUUCUAGCUGUUUGUUUACGUGUUGCAGCUUCUUCAAGCAUCGAGGAGCUUAUGACCUUGCCAUUAGCUGGUAUAGAAGCAGUAAUUUCUAGUGAUGAUCUCCAGGAUGUGCCCAAGGUUGGCAUGUGUUUUGGAACCAUUGAAGAUGCAAAUCAAUUUUAUCAUAAUUAUGCCAAGCGCAUUGGUUUUGUUACUAAGAUAAGGUUUACCCGAAGAGUUGGUAAAGAUAAGGUUCCUAAGAAUCAAAUGAUCACUUGCAAUAGGGAGGGAAAACGCAAGUCUAGAGUUUCACCAAUAGAAAAGACCAACCCUAGAACCAACUACAAUUGCCCUGCAAGGAUUUCUAUUAGGUUGAAUAAGGAGGGUCUUUGGAUUAUAUCGAAGGUGUGCUUGGAUCAUUCACAUCCUUGUGAUCCAGAGAUGGCAAAACUGUUGACACGUAAUAGAGAGAUGACUAUGCACAUGUGUCGAGUCAUUGAGAGGAAUGAUGAAGCAGGUGUGAGACCAAGCAAAACAUAUCAAGUAUUGGUGGGUGAAGCAGGAGGUUUUUCUAAGAUAAACUUAAUGGAAAAAGAUGUUAGGAACUAUCUCAGCAGAAAGGUACGCAAUGUUACGGAAGAAAUGGAUGCUAGGGAGAUGUUGAAGUAUUUUACACGGAUGAAGGAAAUGAACUCUGAUUUUUAUUUUGAUAUUGAACUUGAUCAAAACAAGCGUCUCAAAACUAUAUUUUGGGCUGAUGCUCGAAGUAGAGCAGCAUAUGAGUACUUCGGUGAUAUAGUUUCGUUUGAUACUACUUAUAAAACCAAUCGUUACGAUAUGCCAUUUGGUUCCUUUGUGGGGGCUAAUCACCAUGGUAACUCAGUGCUUCUUGGGUGUGGUUUGUUGAGUAAGGAAAAUUCAGACUCGUUUACUUGGUUAUUUAAUGAUUGGCUUACAUGUAUGCAUGGAAAGGCUCCUAAAGGCAUUAUAACAGACCAAUGCCUCGGAAUACGAGCUGGAAUUGAGAAUGUGAUGCCAGAGACACGUCAUAGGUUAUGCAUUUGGCACAUUACGAAAAAGAUUCCAGAAAAAUUCAAAAGACACAAGAGAUAUGAAGAGUUACAAAGUGAUUUAAAUAAUAUUGUUUGGGAGUCUAUUUCAGAAGAUGAUUUUCAAAAUCAAUGGAAAGAUUUUCUGAUUGAAUAUGGUUUAGAAGAUAACAAGUGGCUAUCAGAGAAGCAAUUUCAAGGUGCCUAUACUAAUGCAAAGUUUAAGGAAGUACAAAAGCAAUUUAGAAAGAAAGCAAAUUGUAUUUUGCACCUUAUGAAAGCAGUUUCUACAUCUAAAGUCUAUUCUAUUUUGGAGGAUGUAUCUACUUCUAAAGAGAGGGUUUAUGAAGUUAACUACAAUGCGGAAACGAAGGAUAUUACAUGCAUGUGUCAAAUGUUUGAAUCAAGAGGCAUAUUAUGCCGUCAUAGCUUGGUUGUCCUAGGGCAUGAACGCGUGAGAGAAAUUCCAAGAAGAUAUAUUUUGGACCGUUGGAGCAAACUUGUGAAGAGAAGACAUAGUGAUAUUAAGAGCAGCCAUGAUCCAAGUUUGUUGAAUCCAAAAACAGAGAGGUUUGAUGAUUUAUGCUCCCAUUCGAACAGUGUUGCUCAAUUUGCAUCCCAAACAAAGGAAACAAGUGAUAUCUUACAUCGUUAUCUUGAUAUGGCUAUGGCGGAGUGUCAAAAGCAUGUUGCUAACUCAUCAUCUAAUGCCAAUGAAUUAGAUAAUUUGCUUACAUUAGAAGAUGGUGGUAAAGAUGGUGGUAAAGAUGCACUGUCCAUUUUUGUAGGAGGCUGUAUAAUAAGCAUUCAAGAUAUUAAAAGCCCUCCUUAUGUGUUCACUAAGGGUCGUCCAACAAAUAGGUUAGGAUCUGAAAAAAACAAGAUGAUAAAAAAGAAGACCGAGGCAAAGAAGAGGAAAAGUGAGAUAACCGAAAAAGAGGAUAAUCAACAUAUUGGAGAUAUUCAAAGUCUCCCUUUCAACGAACAGGUUCAUCCAAUACUUCAAGAUGCUAACUACAAUGUUAAUGAGGGAUUUGAAUCUGAUUCAAUGGGAGCAUCAAUGGGAGGAUUCAUGUCCUUAUUGAACUCAAUCCAUUCAUACCAAUUCUCAAAUGUCGAUUGA